AUGUUGUCCCGGGUGCUCUCAGAGGACUACGAAUCCGACAGGCUCGAGAGGAAGAUCCUGGACCCCCGAGGCCCCACCAUUCAGAAGUGGAACAAGAUAUUCCUCGCUGCGUGUUUAGUCUCCCUCUUCGUCGACCCCCUCCUCUUCUACCUCCCAGGCACCAGGGAGGAGGAGUGCAUAUACAUAGCCAUCCCCCUGGAAGUUGCCCUCACGACGAUACGAUCGCUGGCGGACGUCUUCUACGUGAUCCAGAUUUUCGUUCGGUUUCGAACUGCAUUCAUCGCUCCGUCCUCUCGAGUAUUUGGGAGAGGCGAGCUCGUCAUCGAUCCCGCGAAGAUAUCCUCGCGGUACCUGUCCAAGGGCUUCUGGAUAGACCUCUUCACCGCGCUGCCACUCCCCCAGGCAUUCCUCUGCAUUAAAACUAUUUUCUUUUUUCUCUCUCUCCAUUCUCUCAUGCUCUUCAACAACACUAAAUCCUUGUGUUUCAGUUUCUAAUAUGGGCAGUGAUUCCCAACCUCAAGGGUUCCAUGAUCACCAACACCAAGAACAUCCUACGUUUCAGUAUCAUCCUCCAGUACAUCCCGAGGCUGUUCCUGAUCGUCCCCCUCUCGUCGCAGAUCGUGAAGGCGACAGGGGUUCUCACUGAAACCGCCUGGGCCGGGGCUGCCUACAACCUCGUACUGUACAUGCUCGCAAGUCAUGUAAGAUGAGGAUCUAACACAGCCGUUUUAGCCUGAGUAUCGUUGAGCUUCUCUUCCAGCUUCCCUAAUUUCAUUAACCAUAAUAUUCUUAAGAAAUACAUACGCACAUUAUAAACUAAGUCUGUAUCUUCUUCUUCAUCUUCAAGAUACUUGGAUCGUUAUGGUAUCUCCUCGCGAUCGAACGCCAGGAAUCAUGUUGGAGAGCAGCGUGCAAUCUUCAGAGCUCGGGAUGCAAGUACGGCUACCUGGAUUGCCGCAACAUCAACAAGCAAAGGGAAUCGUGGUUUCGAUCGAGUAACCUUACGAUUGUAUGCAAUCCAAGUAACUCCUUCUAUCAGUUUGGGAUCUAUGCCGACGCUAUCAGCUCCAGCAUCACCUCUGCCUCCUUCUUCCAAAAGUACUUCUUCUGCUUCUGGUGGGGCUUGAGGAACCUCAGGUACGAACUGUCGUCUCUCGGUCCCGGAGACGAAAACCCUAGUUCACCUUGAAAGCUAAUGAUUUCGAUUUGUCUCCGCGAAGCUCUUUGGGCCAGGAUCUCAUGACCAGCAAUUACGUCGGGGAAAUAUGCUUCGCUAUUGUGAUAUCCGUUCUGGGUAUGGUGCUCUUCGGUUUGCUUAUCGGCAACAUGCAAGUAAGUGCCGUCUUAAAAUUUCCAAAAAUGGGAUGGUCCUGAAUCCUUCCCGUGGGGGAACAGAAUGGAGGGUUGACGUUGACUGUCCGGGUUCGUGGUUCUUUUGCGCAGUCGUAUCUCCAGUCGACGACUGCCCACCUGGAAGAAUGGAGGACCAAGAGGACAGACACGGAGCAAUGGAUGCGGCAUCGGCAGCUGCCGCCGGAGUUGAAGCAGAGGGUGCGCAGGUACGACCAGUACAAGUGGAUGGCCACACGAGGGGUCAACGAGGAGUCUCUCCUGGGAGGCCUCCCCAUGGACCUUCGCAGGGACAUUAAGCGCCACCUUUGCCUUGAUCUGGUCUGCCGGGUAAGAUACACUGACUGACACAAUAUCACCUCCCUUAUCCCUCCAUUGCGGUACCCCAGGAUUGCCGUGAUUUAUCUGAAAGAACAAAGAGCAGGUGCCGCUGUUCGACCAGAUGGACGAGCAGAUGCUGGACGCCAUAUGCGAGCGGCUGAAGCCUGCCCUGUACACCUCCGGGACGUGUCUAGUCCGCGAGCUCGAUCCAGUUAACGAGAUGCUCUUCAUCAUCCGGGGCUACUUAGACUCCUACACCACCAACGGCGGCCGCACGGGGUUCUUCAACUCUUGCCGGAUCGGGCCGGGAGACUUCUGCGGGGAGGAGCUUCUGACGUGGGCCCUCGACCCGCGGCCCACCGCCAGCCUGCCGUCGUCGACGCGCACGGUCAAGGCCAUCUCGGAGGUCGAGGCCUUCGCUCUCGUGGCAGAGGACUUGAGGUUCGUCGCCGCGCAGUUCAGGAGACUGCACAGCAAGCAGCUGAGGCACAAGUUCCGGUUCUACUCACUCCAGUGGCGUGCGUGGGCAGCAUGCUUCAUACAGGCCGCUUGGCGGCGGAGCCGGAGAAGGAGGGCUUCGAUGUCGAUCGAUCUGCGGAGAGAAGACGUGGUCGCCGCCUCAUUCCAUCCUCCGGAGAAGAAGCCGCUGAAGUUGAUGCAAUCUCGUGUUGCUCCAGGGCAUCAUCGUCUGACGCCGACCUCGAGGAGUGGCUCCAGAGAGCGCCGAGGCUCGGACUCGAGUGCAGUCAAUUCGUCUCUGCAGAAGCCCGCCGAACCCGACUUCUCCGUCGAAGAAGGUUGA